ACUGCGAGCCAAGCGAUAUUUUAAAGAGCCCUUUAAAGUCCCAAAUGUACUGCUGGUGAAGGAGUAUCGAUACAUUUCUCCUGCAAAUCGCGAAAAGCACAGUGUUGUUUGCCAAGUCUCCUCUCUCGGGGACUUGACUCAGCAGCUGCUCAAGAUGCCACUGAACAAUGAACGUCCCACCUCGAUGUCUACAGUGUCCAGUGAGGACCAGAGCAGUGACACAGAGUCAUUGGAAAGGUGCAACAGUUUGACCUUGUCCAGCGAUGUGGACUAUUCUCGCCAGAGCUUUACCAGCGAUUCCUCUAGCAAACACAACUCUCCUUCUUGCAGCCCACCUAAAACCCUCACACUUGAUGAUGUUGUGGCUUCAGCCCGGGACCUGUCCAAUCUGAGUCUGGCUCAUGAGAUUGUAGUCAACCGCAACUUCCACCUAGAGCCUCCAGAAAUACCUCAAAACAGCUUGGAAAAAAGAGUGAAAGACAUGGUGCACAAGGCCUUCUGGGAUUGUCUUGAAUCAGAACUGAAUGACGACCCCCCCGAGUACGAUUACGCCAUCAAACUUCUGGAAGAGAUCAGAGAUAUCCUGAUUUCCUUCCUGAACCCUGGGGCGAACCGCAUGCGUACUCAGAUCAUGGAGGUGUUGGAUAUGGACCUGAUACGCCAGCAGGCUGAUAACAAUGCGGUUGAUAUCCAGGGCCUUGUUUCUUACAUCAUCAAUACGAUGGGCAAAUUUUGUGCGCCAGUCCGCGACGAUGAAAUCAAGCAACUCAAGGAGAACUCCUGGGACAUUGUGACUGUGUUCAAGGAGAUCUUCCGAGUUCUGGACCUGAUGAAAAUGGACAUGGUGAAUUUUACCAUCCAAAAUCUCAGGCCAGAUCUGCAGAGGCAGUCAGUAGAGUAUGAGCGUGCCAAAUUCCAGAGCAUUUUGGAAAGAACUCCUAAUGCUUUGGAUCACACAACUGAGUGGAUCAAAGAAUCAGUAGAGGAGGCCACACAUCUCAUGCCCCCAAUGGAGAAGAGCAGCGAUCCUGGGCAGAGCAGCAAAUCAUUACCAGGGCCCACGCUCGUUCUAAAUAUUGCUUACCGUAGACUGCUUACCUGGGACGAGAGCAAGGGCCCUCUACCUGAGACUGUGAUGACUGAUGAAGGGAGGUUGCAAGAGAUGCAGAGGUCUCUUCAGCUGUACCAAGCUGUGGCAUCUGUUCUGCUAAUAGUCUACAGCUCAAUAGGUGGGGCUGUGUCAGGCCUGCCUGCUCUUGUUGAGCGACUUAAGAAAAUGACAGCAGUACUGCUAGAUGGCAUGCAUAGUGUAGACUUUAACUUGACUGAAGCUCUAGGUAACGUCAGUGCUCAGAUCUGCUGUGAGGUCAAUAAAUCUCUGGCAGAAAGAAAUUUCCCAGCUCUCCCUGCCGAACUGCAAGCUACUCUGAAAGGUCAGAUCUGUGACAUCACCCAGGGGAACAACCCAAUACGCACUCUUGUUGAGACAAGGGUACAGAUGUACUUCAAAGUGGUCCUCACCUCUACCAUCUCGCACAGAACCCCACCUCCCGUACCACCAGGGCUGGGCCUGAUUCAGCCAGAGCUCAUGGCACUGGGGCUCAGUUUUGUCAACCUUGUCAACUACAACAAACAGGUUUACAGUCCUUUCUACGUGAGCAUCCUGAAGAAUCUACUGUUCAUCAAUACAACAGGGGAGACAUUGCAAAAUGAAAACAUUCAGGGUUCACCAACCAGUCCACUGGAGUCCAAAUAGAUGCAUGGGUAGGAUGCAUCACAAACUGCCUCCAGCUACGAGGAGGUAGCCGUUGACAUCAUGCAUUUCACUUGUGCAAAAUAAAAUAAGGAAUCAUCUGUAAAGUCUCAGAUAACUGAUUUGAUGGAAGUACUGCAGUACUGAAGAAGAAAAAGACUGAAGAAUAACUAUGUGCUAUGGUUCUUAAAUUGAGAAAUAAGAAUUGAGGAGGUUUUGUUGUUGUUUAUUUUGUUACAAAGAAACUAUGUUCCUUGCCAAGUUAUAUUUUUAGUGUCUCUCUAAAUGUGGUUUUCACUUGACAGUGUUACUGCAAUAGAAAUGCAGUCAUUACGUACAGUAUAAUAAAAUAACUAUGUUAUUUGACAAAUAAUGUUUUGGUGUGAGGCUACAAAUUUUUUAUAAGUACAGAUGUUAAGAACAUAGCCAAAAUAGGCUGAUAUAUUUACAUAGAUCCUUUAAAGACAUUUUAGUAUAUGUAUAUUCCAUGCCGGUUUUCAAAUGUCAUAACUAGAUAUGUUUAUCGGAGCAAAUGUUUAGAGUUUGAUACACACAUUUUGAAAGUAUUGUAUUCCAUUUGUUAGCUGUAUUUAUACUUGGAAACUUAACAAAAAGGUUUGUCUGAAUUUCUUAUUCUGAAAUGGAAGUGACCAGAACUCUGGGGGGGUUUUCAGGGAAGAUAAUUUAUCAAUAUUGUUAAAUUUGAUUUUGGUCCUGGUAGUGUCAUUUUACAACUUUUAUAACUGCAUAAUCAUUUGUUUUCCUUUUAUCCAUUAGAAAGCUAAAUUUGGGUACAUUUUGCAUGACGUGUGUUAGUGUGCUUUGGUUACAGGCAUGUUUGAUUUAUUACAGUUGAAAUUUAAGAGGUUUGUCAUUAUAUUUGUUAGUAUUCUUGCUUAGAAUUCUGAUACAGUUUUACAUUUAGAUCACAUCAUAACUGCAUAGAUCAAGACUAUUGAUUUUUAAUGAUUUGUUGGUGAUUAUUGUUUUCCAUUCUGACAAGUAUGAGUGACAUCUUCUUGUAGAAAGCCAUAUAUAUUUAGAUUUUUUUUCACCCCUCACAGACCUUCCAUGUAUAUAUUGUUUGUUUUCCAAACGUGUGUAAGAACAACAGUGUGACUAACAUUGAAACAAAAAAUAAUAAUAAAAGUAUGAAAAUUGAA